CAUCCAGCGGAAGUAAACAAACCAAGCGGCAGCGUUAGCCGUGUGUAGAAUUCACUGGAAGGCUUUACUGCAGUUGUAGCGUCGCUAAUUAUUUAAUUUGUGAUUAAUUAACAAUGUCUUCAGUUGAGUGUUUGAGAGAGUUUGUCAACGAGCGACUAACUGCUGCUGCUGAAGAAAUAUUCCGAGUUUUUAUAAAAACUAUCGUCGAGUACGAGGAAGAGAUCGAUCGUCAGCGCAGACUGCUGGAUAUCGUUUGGAAACCCGAAGUAAAGUUACACAGGAUAGAGCUCCCACAGCAACAUGUCUGGAAGGAGGAGGUUCUGGCUGACCAGCAGCUCUGUAUUCAGGAGAGGAACUCCAGUCUGGACCAAGAGGACCUAGAGCUUCCACAGAUUAAAGAGGAACAGGAGGAACUCUGUACCAGUCAGGAGGGAGAGCAGCUUGUACUGAAGCAGGAGACUGAUACCUUUAUGUUGACUCCUACUUAUGAGGAAAGAGACCACAGUGAAGCAGAACUGAAAAGUGACCACCAGCUCCUCUCUCACAGCUGUCAUGUAGCUGAGAGCCAAGAUCAGAAAGGAGGCGAGCAUGAAGACUCAGGAUCAACUAGAGAUGCAGAGCCAGAACAAAAGAAUCAAGAUCACAAAAGCAGAAGCCACAGAAACAAUGUAAACAAGUCUACCAUGUCAGAGGUUCACCAUAAUCCUCACACAGAGCUCCCACAGCAACAUGUCUGGAAGGAGGAGGAGGUUCUGGCUGACCAGCAGCUCUUUAUUCAGGAGAGGAACUCCAGUCUGGACCAAGAGGACCCAGAGCCUCCACAGAUUAAAGAGGAACAGGAGGAACUCUGUACCAGUCAGGAGGGAGAGCAGCUUGUACUGAAGCAGGAGACUGAUACCUUUAUGUUGACUCCUACUUAUGAGGAAAGAGACCACAGUGAAGCAGAACUGAAAAGUGACCACCAGCUCCUCUCUCACAGCUGUCAUGUAGCUGAGAGCCAAGAUCAGAAAGGAGGCGAGCAUGAAGACUCAGGAUCAACUAGAGAUGCAGAGCCAGAACAAAAGAAUCAAGAUCACAAAAGCAGAAGCCACAGAAACAAUGUAAACAAGUCUACCAUGUCAGAGGUUCACCAUAAUCCUCACACAGAGCUCCCACAGCAACAUGUCUGGAAGGAGGAGGAGGUUCUGGCUGACCAGCAGCUCUGUAUUCAGGAGAGGAACUCCAGUCUGGACCAAGAGGACCCAGAGCCUCCACAGAUUAAAGAGGAACAGGAGGAACUCUGUACCAGUCAGGAGGGAGAGCAGCUUGUACUGAAGCAGGAGACUGAUACCUUUAUGUUGACUCCUACUUAUGAGGAAAGAGACCACAGUGAAGCAGAACUGAAAAGUGACCACCAGCUCCUCUCUCACAGCUGUCAUGUAGCUGAGAGCCAAGAUCAGAAAGGAGGCGAGCAUGAAGACUCAGGAUCAACUAGAGACGCAGAGCCAGAACAAAAGAAUCAAGAUCACAAAAGCAGAAGCCACAGAAACAAUGUAAACAAGUCUACCAUGUCAGAGGUUCACCAUAAUCCUCACACAGAGCUCCCACAGCAACAUGUCUGGAAGGAGGAGGAGGUUCUGGCUGACCAGCAGCUCUGUAUUCAGGAGAGGAACUCCAGUCUGGACCAAGAGGACCCAGAGCCUCCACAGAUUAAAGAGGAACAGGAGGAACUCUGUACCAGUCAGGAGGGAGAGCAGCUUGUACUGAAGCAGGAGACUGAUACCUUUAUGUUGACUCCUACUUAUGAGGAAAGAGACCACAGUGAAGCAGAACUGAAAAGUGACCACCAGCUCCUCUCUCACAGCUGUCAUGUAGCUGAGAGCCAAGAUCAGAAAGGAGGCGAGCAUGAAGACUCAGGAUCAACUAGAGAUGCAGAGCCAGAACAAAAGAAUCAAGAUCACAAAAGCAGAAGCCACAGAAACAAUGUAAACAACUCUACCAUGUCAGAGGUUCACCAUAAUCCUCACACAGAGCUCCCACAGCAACAUGUCUGGAAGGAGGAGGAGGUUCUGGCUGACCAGCAGUUCUGUAUUCAGGAGAGGAACUCCAGUCUGGACCAAGAGGACCCAGAGCCUCCACAGAUUAAAGAGGAACAGGAGGAACUCUGUACCAGUCAGGAGGGAGAGCAGCUUGUACUGAAGCAGGAGACUGAUACCUUUAUGUUGACUCCUACUUAUGAGGAAAGAGACCACAGUGAAGCAGAACUGAAAAGUGACCACCAGCUCCUCUCUCACAGCUGUCAUGUAGCUGAGAGCCAAGAUCAGAAAGGAGGCGAGCAUGAAGACGCAGGAUCAACUAGAGACGCAGAGCCAGAACAAAAGAAUCAAGAUCACAAAAGCAGAAGCCACAGAAACAAUGUAAACAAGUCUACCAUGUCAGAGGUUCACAAUAAUUCUCACACAGAGCUCCCACAGCAACAUGUCUGGAAGGAGGAGGAGGUUCUGGCUGACCAGCAGCUCUGUAUUCAGGAGAGGAACUCCAGUCUGGACCAAGAGGACCCAGAGCCUCCACAGAUUAAAGAGGAACAGGAGGAACUCUGUACCAGUCAGGAGGGAGAGCAGCUUGUACUGAAGCAGGAGACUGAUACCUUUAUGUUGACUCCUACUUAUGAGGAAAGAGACCACAGUGAAGCAGAACUGAAAAGUGACCACCAGCUCCUCUCUCACAGCUGUCAUGUAGCUGAGAGCCAAGAUCAGAAAGGAGGCGAGCAUGAAGACUCAGGAUCAACUAGAGAUGCAGAGCCAGAACAAAAGAAUCAAGAUCACAAAAGCAGAAGCCACAGAAACAAUGUAAACAAGUCUACCAUGUCAGAGGUUCACCAUAAUCCUCACACAGAGCUCCCACAGCAACAUGUCUGGAAGGAGGAGGAGGUUCUGGCUGACCAGCAGCUCUGUAUUCAGGAGAGGAACUCCAGUCUGGACCAAGAGGACCCAGAGCCUCCACAGAUUAAAGAGGAACAGGAGGAACUCUGUACCAGUCAGGAGGGAGAGCAGCUUGUACUGAAGCAGGAGACUGAUACCUUUAUGUUGACUCCUACUUAUGAGGAAAGAGACCACAGUGAAGCAGAACUGAAAAGUGACCACCAGCUCCUCUCUCACAGCUGUCAUGUAGCUGAGAGCCAAGAUCAGAAAGGAGGCGAGCAUGAAGACUCAGGAUCAACUAGAGAUGCAGAGCCAAAACAAAAUCAAGAUCACAAAAGCAGAAGCCACAGAAACAAUGUAAACAAGUCUACCAUGUCAGAGGUUCACCAUAAUCCUCACACAGAGCUCCCACAGCAACAUGUCUGGAAGGAGGAGGAGGUUCUGGCUGACCAGCAGCUCUGUAUUCAGGAGAGGAACUCCAGUCUGGACCAAGAGGACCCAGAGCCUCCACAGAUUAAAGAGGAACAGGAGGAACUCUGUACCAGUCAGGAGGGAGAGCAGCUUGUACUGAAGCAGGAGACUGAUACCUUUAUGUUGACUCCUACUUAUGAGGAAAGAGACCACAGUGAAGCAGAACUGAAAAGUGACCACCAGCUCCUCUCUCACAGCUGUCAUGUAACUGAGAGGCAAGAUCAGAAAGGAGGCGAGCAUGAAGACUCAGGAUCAACUAGAGACGCAGAGCCAGAACAAAAGAAUCAAGAUCACAAAAGCAGAAGCCACAGAAACAAUGUAAACAACUCUACCAUGUCAGAGGUUCACCAUAAUCCUCACACAGAGCUCCCACAGCAACAUGUCUGGAAGGAGGAGGAGGUUCUGGCUGACCAGCAGCUCUGUAUUCAGGAGAGGAACUCCAGUCUGGACCAAGAGGACCCAGAGCCUCCACAGAUUAAAGAGGAACAGGAGGAACUCUGUACCAGUCAGGAGGGAGAGCAGCUUGUACUGAAGCAGGAGACUGAUACCUUUAUGUUGACUCCUACUUAUGAGGAAAGAGACCACAGUGAAGCAGAACGGAAAAGUGACCACCAGCUCCUCUCUCACAGCUGUCAUGUAGCUGAGAGCCAAGAUCAGAAAGGAGGCGAGCAUGAAGACUCAGGAUCAACUAGAGAUGCAGAGCCAGAACAAAAGAAUCAAGAUCACAAAAGCAGAAGCCACAGAAACAAUGUAAACAAGUCUACCAUGUCAGAGGUUCACAAUAAUCCUCACACAGGUGAAAACUCUUUCAAAUGUGACACAUGUGGAAAAGAUUGUAAAUAUAAGUCACUAUUGCAGACACACCUGAGAAUUCACACAGGUGAGAAGCCAUAUUCUUGUAAAAUAUGCGGGAAAUCUUUUAGCUACAGUGGUCAGUUGAUAGUCCACAUAAGAAGAGCCCACACAGGUGAGAAACCGUACCUUUGCAAGACCUGUGGGAAACGAUUUACUGACACUUCAGGAUUGAAAGCACAUGUGACAAUCCACACAGGUGAGAAGCCGUAUUCUUGUGAAACGUGUGGAAAAGAUUUCAGAGCUAGUGGGCACUUGAAGCUCCACAUGCGAUACCACACUGGUGAGAAGCCGUACCUUUGCAUGACCUGUGGGAAAUGUUUCUAUGAAAUGUCAAAACUGAAAAUACACAUGACAUCCCACAGCAGUGAGAAGCCAUAUACUUGUGAAACAUGUGGGAGAUCUUUUAGCCACAGUAGUGGCUUGAAAAUCCACAUGAGAAGAGCCCACACGGGUGAAAAGCCAUAUGUUUGCGAAACAUGUGGGAAAUCUUUUAUCCAGAGUUGUCACUUAAAAGUACACAUGAGAAGAGCCCACACAGGUGAGAAACCAUAUCUUUGCAAGACCUGCGGGAAAAGAUUCAGUGACACUUCAGAAUUGAAAACACAUUUGACAGUCCACACAGGGGAGAAGCCGUAUAUUUGUGAAACAUGCGGGACAUCUUUUAGACUGAAAAGUCACUUGAAAGUCCACAUGAGAACCCACACAGGUGAGAAGCCGUACCUUUGCAAGAUCUGUGGGAAAAGAUUCAGUGACACUUCAGGAUUGAAAACACAUAUGAGAAUCCACACAGGUGAGAAGCCGUAUACUUGUGAAACAUGCGGGACAUCUUUUAGCCAAAAAGUUACUUUAAAAGUCCACAUGAGAACCCACACUGGUGAGAAGCCGUAGCUUUGCGCUAUUUUCUGGACAAUAUAUGCUGAUGUGUCUAAUUUGACACGGCACAGAAGAUGGAAUACAGGCAUGCAGCAUAUUUGCUAAAUAUGUUGGAGAUAAUUCUGUUCUAGAGGUUUGUGGUCAAAACACAAGAACUCACAGAAGUGAGGAGCUGCAUCAUUGCAGCAUUUGUCGGAAAAGUUUUACUCAAAUCGAUUACUUGAAAAAUUCUUGCAAGUAGGGCCCUCUGAAAUACUUUAUAUCUGUUUUGAUAUAUUUUUUUUCUUUUUACAUAUUCUGUGUUUUCUGUUUUGAUUAAUAGCUGGGGCUUUUGUUUGCGAAAAUCACUGAAUUGACCCUGCCUAUAUUUGGGACAGGUGUCCAUAUGGGACAGGCCUUUAAUUCCACUUGCACAAAACAAUAGCAGCUAUGAAACAGUUUAUUUCAAACAGAAUAUUACAUGUAUAAAAAUGAUCCAAUAAUAUGAAUACACGUCAUUCAUUUGAUCUAGGUCCGACAGACGGCUUAUGCGC